AUGAUCGAUUCCCUUGGCGCAAUCUUCCUAGAUGAAAUUCACUUACUUGGGGAAAGCGGGAGAGGCUUUAUUCUUGAACUUGUCUGCACAAAAGCUUUGACUUGGGGAAAUGUUCAAAUUGUUGGUAUGUCUGCGACGAUUCCUAAUCUCAGUCAGAUCGCGCGAUGGCUGAGAGCCGUCGAGUACGAGACGAGUUUCCGUCCAAUUCCUCUCGAAGUGAAUCUUUGCUACAAAAGUCAACUUUGGGAGGUGUCUGGCGCGAGGCUCAAACGGUUAUCCUCAGUCGAUCUUCCUAUCGACUUGGGACAGGCACCGCCUAGGGAUCAAGAGCAGAAGGCGAUACUUUCUCUUCUGCUGAAAACAAUUCUGCAAGGUCAUCAAGCCAUGGUUUUUUGUCCGACAAAAGAUUGGUGCGAAAAGAUGGUGAAGACUCUUGUUGAGCAUACUGCCCUCAUUCCCAAGCGUUCGGACGUAUUUCAUUCGGAUAAAUUCGAAGAGUUUCGGGAAGUUCUGAUUGAAGCGCGGAUUUGGCCCGACAGCAGUAUGUAUUCAAAUGUGAAAGCGGGAAUCUGUUUCCAUCAUGCUGGAUUGACAACUGAAGAAAGGUCUGUUGUCGAAGAGGGCUUCCGAGCUGGCGUCGUGAGAAUUCUAAUGGCGACAACUACGCUCUCAGCCGGUGUCAAUCUGCCCGCUCGAAUGGUUAUUAUCAGAAGUCCCUAUGGCUUCCAAAAACAGUUGAUCAAAGCGCGUGUUUUUCAGCAGAUGUGCGGGAGAGCAGGAAGAAAAGGAAUUGAUGAGGCAGGUCACGCAGUUCUUAUGUGUCCCAAUUCGCCAAGCGCACAAAAAGAUGCCAGACAACUCAUUGCAAAUAAGGCUGAAAUGAUUCUCUCUCAACUCGAUCGAACACAGAUUCAAAGAGCGAUCUUGGAGCAGAUAGCAACCACUGACAAAACGACAGUUACGGUAAAAGAAAUAGAAGAUUUCAUAUCUUCAACAUUAUACAAUCAUCAACUUGAAGACCUUUCCGGAAAAGAUAAGCUGCUCAAAGAUACUUACGGCUGGCUGAAGGAGAAUGAAUUCAUCACCAUAGUCGGAGAAUCGGAAAUUGAGAUAACAAAGCUUGGAGAAGCAGCUGUAGGUGCUGGAAUGCCUCCGAUGACAGCUCUAUCCGUAUUUGACGAUUUAUCUUCAGCUGCAAGGUCUUUGAAUCUUACGACUGAUCUUCAUCUAGUUUACUUGUGCACACCAAUCCAAGAAACUAGCCUCAACUUUGCAACUGUAAGCAAAUUAUUUGACAACUUGGAUUCUACUGCACUCGAUGUAGCGAGUAAAUGCCAAGUUGACAUUGGCCUUGUGCGAAAAAUUGCUAGACAUGGAAUGCCUCGAAAAAUGGAUAAAUUAGGAUACAGAAAACUUCAAAUCGUCUCGCGAUUCUAUAGAGCGCUUGGAAUCUUCGACCUUAUCAACGAGAUCCCGAUCGAAAUUGUGUCUGAAAGAUAUCAAGUACCUCGAGGAACGCUCCAGUCGCUCCAAAUCUCUGCAUCGCAAUAUGCUGGAAUGAUUACUAUAUUCUGCGAAAAGCUCGGAUGGCACCACUUACGAAAUCUUCUGGCGACAUUUCAGAAUCAAAUUGAAGCUGGCGUUCAUAGAGAACUGCUUGAUCUUGUGAGAUGCCCAUUCAUAUCUGCCCGACGAGCGCGCCAGUUUUACAAGCUCGGAUUCAAACGACUGAAGCAUAUUGUCAAAGCUGACACUUCCGAGAUAGUAGAAGCCUUCAAACAAAUGGAACGAUUCAUCUCCUCUAAGCCUCAAACAGGCGAAAAUGAGCUUUCGAAUGAAAUCAUAGAGAGCCGUGGAAUGGUUGUUCUUCAAGGAAUAAAUAUGCCUAUGCCAUUUCAAGAAGCAGCGGAAAUGGUCAAAAGAGAAAGCUUCUCGAUUAUCGGGACUGAAACUAUUUUGGACGAGCCAGAAAGUGAAGAAGACUCGCAUAUUCUCAGUCAAAAUACUUUCGACAAUAUGACAAAACUUGACGGAACAGCUAAAUCAAUUGUAUGCGAAGCUACGUUAUCACCUAUUAGCAAGAAAACUGAAACAUCGAAAACAGAUACUGUCAUCGAAGCUGCCUUUUCUGAUUCGAGGUCCUUGAUCGAUGAACCAGGCCCGAAAACGCAAAGCCACCUGCCCGAGAUCGACAAUCACGCAAGUUCUCAAUUCAUGCCCGAUCCGAAUGAUGCCUCAAUGAUGGAAAGUCUAAACGAUUCUCUUGCUGCUUACUUCAACGCCUCGCCGAGAUCAGAUCAUUCACCUCUACCAGAUGCAGGGAUGACUUCAGAAGAAGAUGAGUCUCAAGAGCUAUUCCCAGUUGAAAAGAAGACAGAGCAAGAAAGACGAGAAAGUCCAGAAUCCGACCAAACUGAAAUCAGUACUUUUUCAAGCAUUCGCUUGAAGAGGCGUCGAUCAUCGGGUGGCGAUUCUGAACAACAUUCUGAAACAUUGUUUGAAGACGAAUGUCAAGAAUCAGCAGAUUUCGAUUCACACUGCCCUGACAGUGAACCAUCCACAUCGAAAAAGAUGAGAAUUGAUCAUAAGCCUGUCGAAGAGCACGAAGUUGAGCCGACGUUCGAAGAAUCUUUGGAUAAUGCUGAUUUGAACGUGAAAGAUGGGAAGAGGAGUCCAAGUGCAUCCCAGGAGUCAUCCACCAGUGUUGAUGAAAGUAUUGCUGAGUUUAUGAAGAGCUCAGUCUGGGACACAUGUACAAAACCUCCGGAUCAAAUUGACUCUCAAGUAGCAACUAUUAUCACCGAAAUCGAUCAAAACCCAGACCCCGAAGAGAAAAAAGCUGAAGAAGGGAAGCAAUUGAUUAAAACUACAGUAGACCCUGAGAAAUCAUCACCAGACAGCGAUGAGACCUUUGCCGAGCCACUUACUGUUGACACCCUUGACCUAGAACCAAUGGUAACCGGUUCAUCUCCAGUAGGAAGGAAAAAAGACGCAAGUUUAUCAACUGAAAUAAAGAGUUCGGAAAAAGAAGCUCCGAUUGAGUCUGUUGCCCAAAAAGAGGCCAGUUCUCCUGCAAAAGAAGAAAUUUUUGACGAAUCUAUCGCCUUCGAAGAACUUAAAACAUUUCAUAUUCCCGAAAAAGCAGAUGAAAGCUCUACACAUAUAGCAAAGUCAAGCCCAGUUAAAGAUAAUCAAAAAAGUUCAGAAGAAACAUUUAGCGAAUCACUUCCGUCAGAAGCUUUCACCAGUGUUAUGGGAAAUAAAAAUGAAUCAAAGUCACCUCCAACAGAAAACCCACAUUCUUCAAAGUCCAAAGUAGAAAGAACGGAACCAAUUACAGAAACCAAUGAAAGUGCAAUCAAAAGAAACUCGCCAAUAUCUAAGAAUAAGAAUCAAGUCUUACCGACAACGCCAGAUUCAAAAUCAAAAAGUAAAAAAUCGAUCACACCUCAAAAGUCUCUCAUUCGAAUGGACACUGUACUCACAAAUCUUUCACCGAGAAAUAAAAAUGGCCUUACUAAUGUCAAUCUGCCAAGAACGCCCAAAAGGACACGUCUUUUUGAGGAGCCGACUGAUACUCCAAGCUUCAUAAAGAAAUGGCCUAUUACCCCCAAGCCACCAGCAUCUGAUGAUGAAGAUGAGACACAAACUACAACCAAUAAACCCAAGCAACCCCUAACCCGCUUGCGCCCAACAUCAUUAGAAGAAGAUGCAGUACGUCUUGGAAAGUAUAUUUCUAAGCAUAAGAGCAUUGCAAUAAAAGUUAUCGCCAAUAAGCUCUAUCUCUAUCAGCGGCAAUACGUCUACGAUUUCUUGAAAUGCGAACCUGUAGAAGGAAAGUUGUCUAAUUCUGUGAGUAAGGAAGUCCUGGAAGUGUUGGUGGAAGAUGAACCUCGUAUAAAACCGCUCAUUCAAUUCCGCAAAGCGACAAAAGCAUUUUCUGAUCUCUUGUCGUAUAAAAAUGCGAGCAAAGAUAACCGUAUUUAUUCUACUCCCGUGCUAAUUAAUCGAACUGGUCGUAUCUCAAUGGACAAUCCUUCGUUGCAGAUGGUCCAAAACGAAUUCGAAUGCUGUGGGAAGGUCAUCAAAGUUCGAAACUGUUUCAGAACAAACCCAAACUACAUUUUCAUCUCAGUAGAUUAUAGACAGCUGGAAUUGCGCGUCUUGGCACUGCUUUCCGGAGACGAAGGACUACGCACAUCCUUCGUUGAUCACGAGGAUCCCUUUGUUAGCAUAGGAAGAAAAUGGUUGAAGAGAGAGAGGAUAUCAGUUGAGCAACGAACUCAAGUGAAGGCUCUUGUGUACGGCAUCAUUUAUGGAAUGGGGAAUAAAACUUUGGGUCAACAACUUGGCGUCACCGUUGAAGAAGCUGAGAAAUUAUCAUCAGAGUUCCUUGGUUCCUAUCCUGUAAUGCAUGCUUUUCUCGAACAAGUCAACAAAAACGCAGAGAGCAAUCUCUACACUGAAACAUUGAUUGGGCGCAGGCGUUCGUUCGAAAACUAUUCUUCCCGCGCAGCUCGAGUCGCGGUGAAUACGAAAAUUCAAGGAUCAGCUGCCGAUAUUGUCAAAAUGGGAACAGUCAAAGCCGCAAGAAAGAUAAGAGAAACUGGUAUAGAUGCCAAGCUUGUGUUGCAAAUUCACGAUGAGCUUUUGUUCGAAGUUGAGGAGAAAGAUAAGGAUGUGUUAGAAGAGAUACUUUGCAACAUGCUUCCUCUAGAAGGCAAGUUUCCAGUAAGAUUUCAAAGGCUAAUCGAAGUUUAUAAAGAAGAGAACGAGCUCAUCGUAGUUUUGGAAGCCAUCCACCUACCACGCAACAAACUCGGCCCUAUUUCACAGUACAAGACCCUUGAUGUAUACUACAAUUUGAUAUCUACCUGUAAAAGACUCAACGACCCUAAAGACUCUGCGUUUCGAAUAAAGAAAGCUAUGCUUCCAUGUAUGCUUAUGAUUACAAAAGCAGUUACUUUUCUCCAUCAACAAAAGAUUUCCCAUAGAAAUCUAAACCUCCACUCCGUACUUAUAGAUGGGUCACUAAAUGAAGUAAAAAUAAGCGAUUUUACUCUUGCUGUCCGACUGAAGUCUGCUCCAUAUUCUAUUGCGAUGCGCAACGAAGAUGAGUUUAUGUCAGACAGCGAAGACAUGCUCCAAGUUCUCAGGGGAUGGUCUAGGGACACACAAUUACUAAAACGCGAAGCUUAUCUGCCGGAUAUGCUUGAUUCCUGGCAAGUGGGAAUAAUCAUUUACUAUCUGAUACUCGGGGAAUUUCCAAUGAUGCCUCGAAGAGGUGAAAGAAUCAACUACUUUGAUGUCAAUUUGGGGAUGAUGGAAAAACUCUGUUACCAACUUCCAAAACCGAUCUACGAUGUUCGUCUUGAUUCUCUUCUGCGAGGAUUGCUCCGACCCGACGCUAAAGAACGCUGGAGCUUGCGGAUGACAGAAGAGUUUCUCGAAGGAUAUAAAAAAGACGUUGAAAAAGUCUCCAAGAAAGCAUAUGUAGAAAGUUCCGGCGACCAGGUCGUUCCUCUUGGUGAUACUGGACCGACGCCGAUGAGAGUUACGGAAGCACGACUGUCUCAGUCCUGGAAGCGAAAACUGCAGCCUUAUUCAGUCUCGAAGCCAGAGAAAAUCAGCCGCUAUCAAAGUCUCCAAGACAGGAGAAAAGCUCCCGUGCCCAACAUCACUCUCCGAAAGUAG